GGGGAUUUCCGAUUUAGAACGAAUAUUCAUACCCUGCCUACACUGCUCUCCGACGACGACCAUCUGUCAGGAAUUGUCCGUCCGUCGUCCAGAGCUACGUUAUCGCAGCUAGUUCUAAUUCAGUACAUAGCAAUGCCAAAACUGAAAAACGCACAUAUGUCAUUUGUUCUAUAUUCAAUUCAUUUAUCUGUUUUCGUUCCUAUAAGGCAUGUGCACAUUAAGAAAAGACUGUUAGCUACCUGAUAGACGUUCUCGCUUGUCAUGCGGGCCGCCAUCCCCAUAUACGUCUAACUAAUUACAGGAUUUUUACUUUUUUAGUGUUUUUCUUAUUUGGUUAGGGUAUUUCUACCUAAACGGACCAAAAUUGACUCGGAAUUACCGAAACCAGGGACAUAUAUAUCUUAUUAUACGUCCCUGCCGAAACAGAGAAAAAUGAGGCUUAAAUUAGCAUUAUUUUCAGAGAACGGAACGAAAUACAUUUGUAUAUGUUCUACAAUGCCCAACUGUAUGUAUCAUAUUACAGGUUUAAUUUUUAUUUGACUGAAAAGUAUUUAAAAUAAAUGUUUUAAUCAUUUGCGAUAUGCGGCCCGAUUGUCGUCAGAGUUGAAUUACCGAAAUGGCAGAUAAUGAAAUUGAAAUAGAUAUUUUUUAUGAGAUAAUGGUUCUUAUUAGCUGAUUCCUCAAAAUGGCAUAUCUGUGGCAUACGUUGUAGCGGAACUGGAUCAUCGGCGACCAGUUAGCUCAGUCGGUAGAGCAUCUGACCAGUGUUCAGAGGUCCUGGGUUCGAACCCCGUUCUCGCCAUGCAUUUUGCCGCACGUACUACCUUUGGUGCCGUGAUCAUGACCCAACCUUGUUUCAAGUGUGGUGAAUACUUGACAAGGGGAUACCUGAACCUGGGUUGUGAGUUGUUAAGGCUAGUGUUCGGAGGUCCCGGGUACAAACACUUGUCUGGCUGUGCAUUUCUCCACUUCUACUUCUACAUGAUAUUGACUAGCCCCUGUGGACAGACAUCUGGCAUUGUAAGAAACGCAUGCCCAAGUUUCAGCAACUUUCCUUAGUACCAUUGAAGAUGCCGAAGAAAUUCAAAGGAGAAAAUUCCAAGGCUGUUGAAGCAAAAGCAAGGAAAGCAGCUGUCCAGCAUGCCGAGAAAGAGAAAAGAGAACAAGCUCUGGAAGAUGCAUAUUGGAAAGACGAUGAUAAACAUAACGCAAAAAAAACGCAACGGAAGGAUGACAAAGAAAAGAAAAGACUGGAGCAGCUGGAUAGGAAAAAAGAAUUACAAAGACUUCACGAUGAAGAAAUGAAUAGCAUCAAGUCAAAGGCUUCCACAGGAGGGAGUUCAAAGGUCACUCAGUCUCAGAUACAGAACCAGAUUGCAAUGGAAAAGAGAUUGGCACAAGCGACGGCAACUAAAGGUAAUGCUUUGCCAGAUGAGGUGCCGAUUGAGGAAAAUGUCAACCGACUGCUCCCAACAGAAGGAGAAGCUCGUAGUGUAGAAGAUGCUCUUUCAGUACUCAGUGUGAAAGAACCAGAAAUAGACAUGCAUCCGGAGAAGAGAGUCAAAGCUGCCUACCAAAAAUAUGAGGAUGAACGUUUACCACAAUUGAAAAAGGAGAACCCAAACCUAAGACUUUCACAGUUAAAACAAAUGCUACGAAAAGAUUGGAUGAAGUCACCAGAAAACCCUUUGAAUCAAAGGCUCAUGCAAUCAUAGUCUGGAUUAAAUGAUAUAUGGGACUUGGUUUGCUGAUACCAUGCGCAUUGUCAAUAUUGAGCUUGAGCUGUAACAUCUAAGUUGGAACAGGUAGAGCAGCAUCUCAGCAUCUGAUAGCAGAACACUUACAGUCUAAAUAUUGGAUUGUGAUUAAAUAGUUGCAGUGAAAAUGCACAGUGUUCAGUGUAACAGAAACUGGUCAAAAAGACACCUAUUGUUACUAAUUUAUCUGGCAGUAAUCAUAAGCUCACCCCUAUCAAUGUAUUGUUAACUCGUCUGGUCCAAGGGAGGACCAAAGUGAUGCUUAUGCCAUACCAUGGUGUCCAUCGUCCAUAAAUAUAUCAACAGUUUCUUUAAAUUAACUAAAUUUGACUGAAAGUAUCCCCAGGUAGUGGGAAUUCCAGUCCAAAUUGUACAAAUGGUUUGGCUGACACCCCUGUAUUGCUAUAGUGGCUUAUUCUAUUAAUGACCCCCCCCCCCCCCCCCCCCCCCCUCCCCUCUGUGAUAAGGGUUAGGACCCUAAAAUAAGAUUUUGUCUUAAUUUAAGGCCAAGUAUUGGAAUCAAGUCAAAGGUCAAGGUGAUUAGGCCAAAAGGACAAGGUCAAAUUUAGCAUCUUUUCACAGUGAUGAAAAUUUUGUUGGUAGGAAUUAAAUAAGAAGUCAACUCGCCAAAGAUCCAGGUCAUUAGUCAAAAGUCAAGGUCAUUUGGGCCAAUGGGAAGUGUUCUGCCACAAUCAUUGUAAUAGGCAGGUGAGUGAUACAGGCCCUGUGGGCCUCUUGUUGCUAAUUUAUCUGGCAGUAAACGCACCCCUUUCUAAUGCAGUUCAGGAUACAUGCCAAAAAAGCACAUAAAAUGUACCCCUAUACAGAAUUUACUUCAGUGAUUAUGUUUUCGGUUUAUAGCAGGACAAAUAUGGAUAUGAAGCAAUUUUAUUUUUGAUUUGGUUACAUACCCAAAGUUUACCAAGAUAACCUAAUGUAGGCACUACCUAAAUUGUGUAGGUCGGUAUGUUCUUCUAUUUUUAGUAAUAGAUCAUGAUCAUAUUAUUGUCUUAUUCAGGAAGACUGCAUUUAAUUUUGUGAUAACACAUACUAUAUAAAGACUGUUUACUUUUGUUUGUAAUACAACAUGAAAUGUUUCCAUUUUUUGCCAUAUCUCUGAUGUUUUCCAAUUAAAGUGCUAGAUCUGUUAUAUGACAAUAAUUAUAUUUAUGUAUUUUAUGGAAUAGUUUUGAUAUAUUUAAUGAUAUCAAGCAAUCAUCAUUAAUUUUGGUUGUUUAUUAUACUUAUUUAUACAUUGUAUAUCCAAUUUGUAAAUUGGUUCUAACCAUGUUGAGUGUGAGAUUUACGAUGAGAUGGAUGUUAACACUGUACACCUGCUGCAAGUGAUAUACCAGAAUGGACCAAUUUGGUCAACAUUGAGAGAUUGUCUUUACUAAAGAAGAACAUAUGAUGUGAAUAAGGAAGUCAAUUUCCCUUGUGUUUGUUUACUUCAAGUAAUGAUUUGAAAUAGUUAGAUAUGGAUAUUUAUUAUAAUAAAGUCAGACAAGUGGGGGACUUGCUAUGGUAAGUCAGUAUUUUUAUUUUUUGCCUUCUGCUUUGCGUAUGAACUUGUCAUGGAUUUUUCUCUGUAACAACUCAAAUGAUAUUUAAAUUCUUAUUGGUAUAAAAAUAUAUAGCAUUAUCUGAAAAGUGGCUGCCAUACAUUCCCUGUGUUCUGCUUGACCUCCAGUCAUCGUCCUUGGUACUCCAGGUGUUACAUCACUUUCGAUCUCUGCAUCACAUGUGUAUACAUAUACAGGUAUGCAUGUCAUGAAAAAAUUGAUGUCUCAGUCACAGUCAUCUUAAGGAUGAAACAAAAAUCGCUGUACCUUUAAAUUGCCUGGCUUUGAACUUGGUUGUCACUCCUCUGUCAUCUUCAAAAGAAAUGCUUCAAGUUUAGCGAUGGGCCAUUUUUUUUCCUGACACCAAUCAAAUAGCUUGUUGUGUGCCUUUAGUUUUGCCAUGACAUAGUUUUGUCAUGACAUAUUUCAUUGGUACAGAAAGUGAAAGUGUACAUACCCCUGAAGUAUCAAGUACACAAUGUUCCAAGAUAGACACCAUCACACCUGCAUAUUUAUGUAUGUAUAUGAUAAAAUUAAAAGUUUUUCUUUUCUUGAUAUAUAUGUACAUGUACAAACAUGUCAAUAUAAAACAGUCUUCCUUUGUUAUUUUUGGUCCUAUGUUUAUAUAUAUAUAUAUAUAUAUAGAUAUAUACAAUAUGUAAGUAUAACUGAAGACACACCUGUUAGUAAAGCAUACACGCUUUCAUCAUAAAAUCUUCAGCUGCUUUUUAUCUUAGUAGGCAUCUCGUUCAGUCAGAAAAAUAUUGAUGACGACAUACAUUUAGUGUGUUAGUGUGUUGGCAGCCACAUAUGGUUACAGAGAUGUCUACUAAGAUGUAAAGCAUCUGAAGAUUUUAAGAUGAAAGUGCUUAUGCUUUACUAACAAGUGUUUCUUAAGUAUUCUUUUUUAGAUAUACUUACCAGACACUGAGAACCAGAAAAUGUGCACGGAUGAGAGUUACAUAUAACUCAAAAGAAUUCUUUCAUCUGUUUCGGAAGGCAUCACAUGGCAGUUAUAUAUGAUCAUAAUACACAUUUUUUUGGUCACUGAAACAUAAUCUGCACUCCAUACCAUGCAGUCUUUUGGAACAAAAUAGGAAUAUUGACCUUUUGACAAAUUCUGCACCAGUAUUGGUCAUGGAAAACAGGAAUGUUUAUGGUCAAGUGGAAGUUACUCCAAUCCGAAUAUUUGUUUAGUCAAGAUAAUCAUACCAACAUCUUUUUUUUUUGUAUUAGAAAAAGGGAGUGAUUUUGAGUGAUAUCUUUUUAAGUAUAGACACAAUGCAUCACACUCAUUUUAAAAAAUACUUUUUUGAUGCAAGGAAUGCAUGGCUCAUAAGUUAAGAUUGUUUUGGAUCAAAUAUAUUUUGCUACUAUUUAAGUUCUGCUUGUAAAUAGUUGUGCAAACAUAUACAAUUUUGAGACUGAUAAGAAAAUUAAAAUGGCUUACAUGUUUUAUUUUGACUGUUUAUAUUUCUCAGAACGCAGGUCUAUGAUCCUUCUUAUACUUAAAUUUAAGACUGAUCAUUGAAACAAAAUAGCUGCCAGACAGCCAUGUUGGAUUUUUAAAGUUAAAUAUUGUUAUAGCCAGGUCAUUCCUUCGAAAGCUUUUCAUUGAUCUUUCUCAAAUUUCAUAUUCUAAGAUAGCUUGAAUGAAGUUGUUCAUGAUCAAUUCUUUGGACUGAUGAAAGAAACAAAAACGCUGACAGUCAGCCAGCUUGGAUUUCACGAUUGAAGUUGGUUAUUAUUUCACAGAAAGUACCAUUGGGAUCUUUCUCAAAUUAAAAUUUUCCUACCCUCUAA